CGGCCGAGAGCCACCGAUACCGAACAAGCCGCCGGAGUCGGAGUGGCGACGAGUUGUGGAGCAAGGAAAAAGCCAUUAAGGAGACCAGUCCAGACCAGUCCCUUCUGGCUGCAGCUCCAGAUCCUGUACGAGCAACAGCCGUGGUCUCAGUCUCCGCCACCGCCUCCGCCUCCAUCGUCGUCGGGGGAGGGGCCGGCCGGACCCCGGGGUCACUGCCGAGGAAUGAGGAGAGGCGGCCGGGCCCCGCGCUCCGCCCCGGCCUAGGGCCUUGCCCCGGGAGCCGCGAGGGUAACGGAUCCUGAAUUUUGGUCUAUGUCCUGCCUAUAUCCAGCUGCCUAAAAAUAUUGGAUGAUCACAUGACCCUGGACAUGGAUGCUGUCCUGUCGGAUUUUGUCCGUUCCACAGGAGCAGAGCCAGGGCUGGCCCGAGAUCUCCUAGAAGGAAAGAAUUGGGACGUGAGUGCUGCCCUCAGUGAUUUUGAACAGCUACGUCAAGUCCAUGCUGGGAACCUACCUCUACCCUUUAGUGAAGGGAGUGGUGGUUCCAGGACCCCUGAAAAAGGGUUUUCUGAUAGAGAGUCUACUCGCCCUCCCCGACCCAUCCUGCAGCGGCAGGAUGACAUCGUUCAAGAAAAACGCCUGUCUAGGGGCAUCUCCCACGCCAGCUCCAGCAUUGUUUCCUUGGCCCGGUCCCAUGUCUCCUCCAAUGGUGGGGGUGGGGGGAGCAGUGAGCACCCCCUGGAAAUGCCCAUCUGUGCCUUCCAGCUUCCAGAUCUCACUGUGUACAAUGAAGACUUCCGCAGCUUCAUAGAGAGAGACCUCAUUGAGCAGUCCAUGCUGGUUGCCUUGGAACAGGCAGGGCGUUUGAACUGGUGGGUGAGUGUGGACCCCACCUGCCAGAGGCUACUUCCUUUGGCAACUACUGGAGAUGGGAACUGCCUCCUGCAUGCAGCCUCUCUUGGGAUGUGGGGUUUCCAUGAUCGGGACUUGAUGCUGCGGAAAGCUUUGUAUGCACUGAUGGAGAAGGGAGUCGAGAAGGAAGCAUUGAAAAGGCGCUGGAGGUGGCAGCAAACACAGCAGAAUAAAGAGUCAGGGCUGGUAUACACAGAAGAUGAAUGGCAGAAGGAAUGGAAUGAACUGAUCAAGCUUGCCUCAAGUGAACCCCGAAUGCAUCUAGGUGCCAAUGGAGCCAACUGUGGUGGGGUGGAGAAUUCAGAAGAGCCUGUAUAUGAGAGCCUAGAAGAAUUCCACGUCUUUGUCCUUGCUCAUGUGCUUAGGAGGCCCAUAGUCGUCGUGGCAGACACCAUGCUAAGGGACUCUGGAGGGGAAGCAUUUGCCCCUAUUCCCUUUGGAGGAAUCUAUCUGCCCUUGGAGGUCCCAGCCAGCCAGUGUCACCGCUCCCCUCUGGUGCUUGCCUAUGAUCAGGCCCACUUUUCUGCACUUGUGUCCAUGGAGCAGAAGGAAAAUGCCAAGGAACAAGCUGUGACCCCACUUACAGAUUCAGAACAUAAGCUGCUGCCCUUGCAUUUUGCUGUGGACCCUGGAAAGGGCUGGGAGUGGGGCAAAGAUGACAAUGACAACGUCCGAUUGGCCAGUGUAAUUCUGUCCCUAGAGGUCAAAUUGCAUCUGCUGCAUAGCUACAUGAAUGUGAAAUGGAUCCCACUGUCCUCUGAUGCACAGGCUCCUCUGGCCCAGCCUGAGUCCCCCACAGCCUCAGCUGGAGAUGAGGCUCGGUCUACUCCUGAGUCUGGGGAAUCAGACAAGGAGUCAGUUGGCAGCAGUUCUGCUAGCAAUGAGGGCGGCAGGCGGAAGGAAAAGUCAAAGCGAGAUCGGGAGAAAGACAAGAAGAGAGCAGAUUCUGUGGCUAACAAAUUGGGCAGCUUUGGCAAAACCUUGGGCAGCAAGCUCAAGAAGAACAUGGGAGGCCUGAUGCACAGCAAGGGUUCUAAGCCUGGAGGGGUGGGAACAGGGUCGGGGGUAAGCAGUGGCACUGAGACACUGGAGAAGAAGAAGAAAAACUCACUGAAGAGCUGGAAGGGUGGCAAAGAGGAGGCAGCUGGGGAUGGGCCUGUGUCUGAGAAGCCCACGUCUGAGUCUGUUGGUAAUGGAGGGAGCAAGUAUAGCCAGGAGGUGAUGCAAAGCCUGAGCAUUAUGAGGAUUGCAAUGCAAGGGGAGGGGAAGUUUAUUUUUGUUGGAACCCUGAAGAUGGGUCACCGUCACCAAUAUCAGGAAGAGAUGAUCCAGCGCUACCUUUCUGAUGCUGAGGAGAGAUUCCUGGCAGAGCAGAAGCAGAAGGAGGCAGAGAGGAAGAUCAUGAAUGGAGGGGUAGGGAGCGGGCCUCCUCCAGCCAAAAAGCCAGAGCCAGAUGGCGGGGAGGAACAGCUGACUGCCCUCCCAGCAGAGUCCAAGGCAAUGGCAUUCUCUACUGGCUACCCUGGGGGCUUUACUAUCCCUCGUCCUUCUGGGGGUGGAGUCCACUGCCAGGAACCCCGGAGGCAGUUGGCAGGGGGUCCUUGUGGGGGGGGCCUACCACCAUAUGCCACCUUUCCCAGACAGUGCCCUCCUGGGCGACCCUACCCCCACCAGGACAGCAUCCCUUCUCUGGAGCCAGGCAGUCACUCCAAGGAGGGAGUUCACAGGGGUGCAUUGUUACCACCUCCCUUCCGUGUGGCUGAUUCCUAUAGCAACGGCUACAGAGAGCCCCCUGAGCCAGAUGGAUGGGCUGGUGUUCCCCGGGGGCUUCCUCCAACCCAGACCAAAUGCAAACAACCGAACUGCAGCUUCUAUGGACACCCUGAGACAAACAACUUCUGCUCCUGCUGUUACAGGGAAGAACUGAGGAGGAGGGAACGGGAACUGGGUGGGGAGCUGCUGGUGCACAGGUUCUAAAUGGGUGGAACCUUGGAGGGCAAGGGGGCUAAACAAAGAAAGUUAAGCUCAACUAAUUGGCUUAUCAAGACCAAGCCCCCAUGUUGAUGGGGCAAAUGCAGAAACGUUUGUGGGAGCCUGGCUGGUUACUUCUAAGUUGUGUGUUCGCUGGAGUGCUGCCAGGCUGGCAAGAGGAGGUCAGGGCUGAACGGUGCCUCAAGGCCUGUACUAUUCCUUUGCAGAGCUUGACUUGAUGGGACUGAGGAGGUACAAGGGGGGAAAGAAGGUGAUUCUAUCUCAUAAUCCCUUGGGUCCCAUCCAAGACCUAAGAGAAAGUAGUAGGGGAAGAUUUGGUGUGUGGGGAUGGGAGGUGGGCAGAAGUCUUGGGGAGGAACAGGCAAAGGAAGUUCUCAGUCAAUAAAAGAAAAAAAUAGACCAAAGUUCUUUUAGGUUGGAAAAAAGCACAUGGUGGUGGAGUUGGGGAUCGUGGAGGGAAACUGGGAAAUUGGACAAAUUUGUAUUGAUUUGAAUUAAGGUGGAAAUUUGGGUUGGAUAAAUUCCUCCUGAAGGAUCUGGAAAAACAAGGCAGUAAUAGGUACUCAUGGGUGCUUGCUAGGAGGAGGGGGUAGUUUAAUCACAGUUUUAUUGAGACGAGAAAAGGAGGAACUUAAAAGGGGAUUUCCUCUUAAGUUUUACUUCCUUCUAAACAGUCAUCUGUCAUCUGUUCUAGUUAGAGAGAAGAUUGCCGAUUGCCCACUAUCUUUUUCUCAUCCUUUUUGAGGGUUAAGCUGAGCUAAGUGAAGAAGGUUGUGAUUUUGACUUUAAUUUUAUUUAAUUAAAAAAAAAAAAAGGUUCCCUCUGGGAAAGGGAAGAGAGGGAUGAGAAGAGCAGCUGUGUGUGUUGAAUUUUCUCCAGGUGAAUUGGUGCAGAGGUGAUCUAUUUUUUAACUACUUAGCAAUAACCAUACAUUGAGGUUUGAGUGCACCUUGGGAAGGGGUAGGGGAAGGAUAGACGUUUGGCCAGACUGUUUCAGACCAAACCAAAAACUUAAAUAGAGUACUACCAUCCUCUGCUGCUGUGUUUCUGUAGAAAACAACUUAUUUUAUUGACUAAUUUUUUUUAAGGUAAAGAAAAAAAAAGACCCCACCAAGCAAAAACAUUUUAAAAAAUGAUUUUUUUUUUCCUACGUAAGUGAUUCUUUCUUCUUCUUCUCUACUUUUGGAGAAUGAACUUAACAUCCCGGCUUCUUUUGUUAAGCCAUAGCUGACCUUAAUCUGUGGUUAGUUUAUUAAAAUAAUAAAAAAAUACUUUGUAAGAAGAGAUAUUUUUGAUAUUAGGACUGAUGUUGAAACAUGGGGUGUGGGUUAGGGGCAAUUUAUAAAAAAGGUAGUUAGAGAAAUAUAUUUUAGUGAACUAUAACCACAGAUCACAGAUGACUCUCAUUGAGCUGAUCUGUCUUUGGAUUUCUUUGUUUCCCUGACCCACCCCUGUUCUCCAGGGGGUGGGAGUGGACACAGCAGGGGGAGCUCCUUUGCAUUUUGCACAAAGCACAAGUCUGGACAGCCUAUGCUCUGCCCAGAGCCAUUUCUAAGAGCUUUAAACCAGAAGACCUAUCCUGGGCCAAUUUUUCUUUUUCUUUAUAUUUUUUCUGGGGGGAAAAAAAAUCAACUAUGCAAUUGUAUACGCUCCUGGGUGCAUAAUGAAGAAGUGGAAUAUGUGUACUUAUGUGUCCAGAGUGUUAAUUGGGGCUAUUUUUCUGUACUUGGAUUUCUUUUAUGAGGUAUGUACUCAUAGCCCAUCCCAUGGAAUGUAAUCCCCACAUUUGAUCUAAGCAGACUUGGGCUGUGUGUGUGCCUGUGCGUGUGUGCGUGUGUGUGUGUGUGUGUGGGGGGAUUCUUAUAUGCAUAUGUUCCUUCUGCCCAGUCAGGAAAGUGUUCAUCCUAUUUCCUCCUUGGUAAAUAAGCCAGUUAGGACUGUCCUCAUUGGAACUGUUCACAAUUUAGAAAGAUUCCUUUCUCCUCAACAAACUCGAAACUCAUUUUCCAAAUCUGAUACUCUGUUGAUUUAAUAAUUUCCUAUGACUAUUAAUUCUUAGGCUUUUAUUUGAAAAUAGAUUGGUUUUAAGGAGCCAAUGAGGUUCCAAAGGAGGGGAUGUAUAUAUUUCUGGGCAGGGUUGGAACCUAGUAUGAAAUGAGUACUCCCUUCAGGUGCAAAAUGUAAGGGGGUACCGAUAAACUCAGUAAUCAAAAUAAAUACUUUUU